UGGCCUUUCGUCAACUUCCAGAUCUUUGUGUCGGGGAAAGCUGUGCUCUGAAAAGGCUGUAUUUUAUUUAUUUCGAGUAGCUGCAUUGGAAACCAUGAGUCUGGACUACACAAACUGGGUGCUGAACCGCCUGGCGGACUUCUACCACUCGAUCUACUUCUACGUGUCGCUGUUCUCGCUGAGCUACUGCCUCGUGUUGUACCAGGUGCGGAAGAGGAUCUACCAGAUGGACUUGACCUGGGAGAGGAUGUCGCUGGUCUACAGCUGCAGCGGGGCACUGAUCCUGAUGCUGACCCUGAUCAUCUACUACGCCUGGGUGGCCAUUGGACUGAUUUGGCGGCAAUAUUGCGUACAUAAUCGUGCCUCGAAUCGCACUCGAUACCUCUUCCACCUGUACAGAAGGCAGCAGGUCGGGGAGCUGAAGUAGUGAUCUGAUUAAUCCCCGAAUUGCUCUCAAUAAAUUAAUCAGUGUGGCACUAAAUGGGCGCUGGUAGCAGCGGAAGCACGGCCAUAUGCAAAUCGUUUAAUCAAAAUGUAAAUGCAAAUGCGAAAAAUUAAAAUGUUCUCUCGUCAGAAGUCGCGCAAACAGA